AUGAAUGAAGAUUACAAUGACAUAAACAUGAUCAACUAUAAGUAAUACAAGACUAACAACAAGGAAUAAUCAUACAUUCAUGUAUAAGAUGGCGAGGGUACACUCAUUUCACCCGAUAAUUUGAUGCAAUACAAAGGACAAUUUAAAAAUGGUAAAAAACAUGGCAAAGGAGAACUGAUAUAAAUUUUAGAUGCUUUAGGAAAUCAUAAAGCAAUAAUUAAAGGAAAUUGGAAAAAUGGGUUUCUAAGCGGCAAGGCAUUAAUAUUUUUAACCAACCAAUUGAAUUAAUUUAUUCCAAAUUAGACUCAACCAAUAUAGUUGAAGUAUUAAGAUAGUUUUGAAGGACUGUUUAAAAAAGGUUAAGCAAGUGGUUAUGGAAUUUUAAAAUUUUCUAAUGGUGAUUCUUACCAAGGAUCAUUUAAGAAGUGUCUAAAAGAUGGAAAUGGUAAAUAUGUGAGUGUAAUUGAACAAAACAAUCAAUAUAGGGUUUAAGGAGAAUUCGUGGAAAAUCAUAUUGAGGGGUCAUGCGUGAUUCAGUACCUUAAUGGCCAUACUUAUCAAGGGACAGUAUUUUGCAAUUCUAUUUCAGGCUUGGGGCAGUUAUAAUUCAAAAAUGGAAUUAAUUAUGAGGGAAAUUUCCAUUCAAAUAAGUUUGAAGGUCGAGGGACUCUGAAUAUUCCUAUGCCUUUAAAGCUAAUUAAAUCUACCUUAUCACCUUUGAGUACCUCACCAAUGAAUAAUUCGUUCCAGCCAUCAAUGACAAUAAAUACUCAGAAUAAUGGUGUUCAGAUUUUUUAUUAUAGUGGUGAGUUUAAACAAGGGCUGUUUCAUGGUAAAGGAAAAGCAAUAUGGCCUUAGAAUGAGAACUAGAAGUACUUACUUUAGUAUGAAGGAUUCUUUCAGAAUAGCAAAAUUGAUGGAGGGAAAGGAACAUUCUAUUUUGGACCUAAUUUAAUCCAUGGCUUUUUUAAAGAAAAUAAGUUAGCUGGCUAAGCCUAUAAGAGAUAAAAUAUUGAUGAUAAACUUUAAGUCAUAUAUAAGGGUGAGUUGACAGUAGACACUCAACUCAUGGAUGGAUUCGGUGAACUGAUAUGGGUCAAUCUGAAACAUAAGAAUUAAUAUAUAGGAGAAAUACAUAAUGACAAAAUUUAAGGGCAAGGUUAAUUAUCAUUUCAGGAUUAGUACGGAGGAAUGGCUUAAUACUUUGGUGGUAUGCGAGAUAAUCUAUUCUAUGGAAAAGGGGAAUUGACAUUUUCAAACGGAGAUAGAUAUGUAGGCAAUUUUCAAAAUGGCCAUUUCGAGGGAAGUGGUUCUCUGACAUUUAUGAAUGAUUAAAUGGUCUAUCAAGGAUUCUUCCUAAAUGGAUGCUUUCACGGCAGAAGUACUUUAAAAGUUUAAAACUAAUUCAUUAUCAACGGAUUAUUCCUUAAUGGUUAGAUAGAUUGCAACUCUAAUGUUCUAAUCAAUUUCACUAAUGGUGAUUCAUAUUCUGGUAGAGUAGAUCAUAACUAUCAUUUUAAUGGUAUGGGAGUGUAUAGAAAUUUGGCAGAGAGCUACAAAUUAAUUGGUACUUUUAAGGAGGGAGUACCUCAUUCUUAUUGCAAAAAGGUUUUUCAUUAGAUUGGAAAUCCUCUAAAAAUUAUUAGGAUUUUGUAUGGAUUUUACAAUCAAGCAAAAAUAAAUGGAAAUGCUAUUGAAUCUAUUAUUGAUAGUGAUACAGGGAAAGUUGUUGCUAAGAAUAACUAAAUGUUUAUUAAUGGAAAGCUGUAAAAGGGAAACGGGUAGUUUAGAGAAACUUUUGAUGAAAAUUCUCUGCUAAAUGAUUUAUUCUACGAUUCUGUCGAGAGAUAAUGUGAUUUUGAAAAUAUAAAUUGA